GGCUGAUAUCAAGCCAGAAGAAGGCUCCUUCAUGCAUCGAACGUGUCACCCACGAUCGUCCAUCUUCCAAUGACGCCUCGCCACGUGUUGUUACUGCAGAUAUCGUCGCCUAUAAAUUCACAGGGCUAUCUCUUGUCCCACAACUCAAUACUCUUUACUCACACAGCCCACGAGACACUGAGAAAGAGAGAGAGAGAGAGAGAGCGAUGGGAUUCGGAAAUCGUCUCUGGUGGUGUGUCUUCUUCGCUUCUUUCCUCAUCUGCACUGCCCGGAAUACUCUCAUUUUCCCAGUAGAUGAGGAGGCGGCGGGCGCCGUGGGGAGGAGGCUGAAGGCGGUGAGCACGGACGACUACAGUGAUCCGUCGGCGAACAAAGGGCAUGAUCCGCGGAACAGAAUCGGCGGCGGGGGGUGGAAAGGCCGAGACAGCAGCGCGCCUUGAAUUAAAUGAUCUACAUAUCUAUAUGUAUGUAGUAUGAUCUGAGUAUGUGGUAUCAGAGUUUGAAUCCUUCGAUAAUAAGGGAAACUUUGUGAAGCGAAUCAAUGGGAAAACUACGUGGAUGUGAUCCUCCACACCACACCAAUUUCCUUUC